CUGGAGAGACAGAGAUAUAUGAUCGAUCAAGAAGAAAUAGAACGUUUCAUCACUCAUAUAACAAAUCAAUCAAGAAAUUCCAUCGGUUUAUUCGUUAUGAAUAUUAGUUUUAAGGAUGAGGCGGCAAUGGAGCGAUGCUGUGAAGAUAAAAAGAAGGAAAAUGAUAAUUCUUUAAAUUUUGGUGACGUUAUUAUCGAUGAUCUAGAAUUCACAUAUUAA